AUGCCAGUUCCGCUACCAGUUGGGCAAGCCGUUACAGCUGCACACGAGGAUGCUAAAGGCUGCUUUCUGUACAUAAAGCACAGGAGAAGGCAUGUCAUAGAUUUACCCCGAAAUUUUGACAGUCUAAAACGUCAAGUGAACAGUCUCCUUACGCAUUGGAAUGUCGUAAAUGAUGAUAUAAAUCGUCAAUCAGCGACCAUAUGGAUAAACGAUAAUUAUACAGCUCGUUAUGAUGACUUGUGUCAGGUAUGGAUAGAUUACCAAGAGAACUUCGUCAAGAAAUACAAAAAGAUAGUUGGACUUGAAUCAGAUGCAAUGGGAGAAGCUGGAAACCAAAUCCCGGCCCAUGAAUUGUUAGCUGCUUCCAAAGGUUGGAAGAACAAAUUUUGUACCCCAACAUUCUACAAGCUUGCAAGGCUGGAUAAAGACGUUGUCAAGUUUACGACUGAAGUCUCUAAUCUCGAAAAUAAGAUAACACUUGAGCACGUAACCAGUCCGAUAAAUCCGCAAAUCGUUGUAAGACAGGGGGCUAAAGAACUAACUGAUAUGCCUUCGCAUCAUGAGCUCCUUGUUGAACUGCAGCUCUGUUUAUAUGUGGCAGGCUGUAGGAGGAUUGCCAUCCAUGGAGCACCACAAGUUGGGAAAACAAAUAUUUUGAAAAGCUUGAAUAACUUGUUGGUUCGACGUCUUCCCGGCCUGGAAUUUGACUAUGUCAUUUGGGUGACCUUUCCGACUGAUCUGCCAAAGCCAGAUGACAUCGUCAAUAAUGUGCAAGAGAAAAUUCUUGACCGUCUGAACUUAUCUGGGCAGAAGGGUACAAGUGGGAAAAAAGAAGUAAUAUCUAGAGCACUACGUGAGAAAUCAUAUUUGCUGCUUUUUGACGGGUUCUCUUCAUCAAUCGAACUUGAGGACAUUGGAAUCUCUGAAGAGCAUGAGCUUGGGAAAGUCAUCAUUGAAGCUAAGGAUCCACAUCUCCUGAGGAAUUUUAAAUUUCAUAAAGAAAUCCAUUUAGAGAAGCUACCACCUGAAGACUCGAGGAAAUUGUUUGAUAAGAUCAUUGCUGACGAAACAUUUUGUAAAGAAAACAGAGAUCUAGGUGACUUGAUUCUUAAGGAGCUUGGUGGGCUUCCAGGUGUGAUCGCAUCUACAGCAGGACAGCUGAAAACUAAUAAACGAGUACAAUACUGGGACGGUGUGAAGCAAAGAUUGAAAGCGGAUAUUUGGGACAAUAAUCUUGUGGGCUUGGCAGGAGUAAAAUCGGCUUUUGAUACAGCUUAUAGUAAAUUGAAAGAGAAUGAUCAAAAGUGCAUACUUUAUGCAGCAUUGUUUCCAAAAGAGUUCACAAUUCCCAUAGAUAUUUUGGUCGAAUGUUGGAAAGCUGAAGAAUUCCUAAGGUGUCCUAUUCCUACAUUCUCUUACGCAAGAAGAGAAGGAGCGUGUGUACUCAACCAGCUGACAGAGCUUUAUCUCCUAGAGAGGUGUUCCGAACACCAUGUCAAGAUGCCAAUAAACUAUAGGAGAGUUGCACUUGAAACACCUUUCCCUGGGGAGAAAAUUGCAACAUCUUUUGUCAGGUCAGGUCCAGAAAUAGACGGACACCUAAAAGACGAAGAAUGGGAGAUGGCUAGAAGGGUGUCUUUGAUGCGAAGCCAAUUAGAUGAAUUACCAGUGAUCCUAAAAUGUGGGGGCAUAUCGACACUAUUUCUGCAACUUAACCCAGAAUUGAGAAUCAUUGAGGAACCGUUCUUCACGAGUAUGAAGAAACUUCGAGUUUUGGACCUGCACAGCACAGGAAUAAAAUUGUUGCCACCUUCUAUCUCCAACUUGACAUCACUCCGGAGUUUAUACCUCAACAAUUGUUGUGACUUAACUGAGCUCCCACGUAAAAUAGUCGAACUCAAGGAGCUCGAAGUUCUUGAUAUUCGAGACACCUCAAUCUAUUGUUUACAGAAAGAAGUCUGCAGCUUGGUUGGCCUAAGGUGCUUAAGGUUUUCAUUUGCCUCGGGAACGUGCAAUCCUAAUCCGGAGCCAAGAUUGUGGGAACGUAUUGUUCGGCGCCCAAAUUAUCCCACAACAGGGAGAAGGGUAAUAUUUCCCCCCGGAGCUACUGAUCAGCUUAGUAAGCUCGAGGAGAUGACCAUAGUCAUCACUGUUGGAAGCGGUGAAGAAAUUGAAGAUCAAAUAAGAACAGAGGUUGGUGAAUUCAAGAAUGUAAAUACUAAGUUAAUUUUAAUUCGACAAUUUUCGUCCCAGUCACAGGACCAAGGAAAUCUCGUUCAACAGAACGGAGAGGGAAUAAAGCUUCUGAAGUGUUCCUGA